CGUAAAGUCUCGUAUUUGUCAACAUGGUGAACGGAAGUGAGAAAUCUGUCAAAUUUUUGUGCAAAAACGCGUGAUUUUCAUGAUGUAGCUUGUGAUUGUGCUUCUAAAUUUGACAAUUUGCAGAUAACUUCAGGGAUUAAUCUUACAUAUUGUUUAGAAAGGUGCUUGUUCGGUUAUUAACCAAAGUGUCUGUGACGUUGUCACUGAUUUCGCACUGCUGGCGGUGCUGUCAGCGUUACUGCUGUUGUUCCUUACCUACUCCGCUGAAGAAGAUAAAAAUGGGGGUUUGCUCAUGUUUGUCAGCAUUAUGUAGGAGGAUUCGAUGUGGAACACAUGUUCUCGUGCGACUCGCUCACACAGGGCUUUCUGUUGGGGUACCAGCUACGCUGAUUUUCAAGGAUUCCAUUUUACACAAAUCUCUGAUACUCCAAGAGGACCUAGCGUAUGGGAUAGGCUACCUACUGCUGCUUAUGUUUUCACUUGCCAUGUACUACACUGCUUGUUUUAUGGACCCUGGAUAUGUGCCAGUGAACAGGAAGAAGUCUCUAACCAGUACAUCAGACCUGAGUUCAGAUGAAGAAGAGGAAGAUGAUGUUGACAGUGCAGAGAACAGCACCAUGUUAAAGAUCUCUAAAGACAGUGAGGCCCCAGUCAAGCUGAGGAAGUGUGGAUUUUGUAAUAUUGAGCAACCCAUGCGAGCUCGGCACUGCGAAGACUGCGACAGGUGUGUGUACAAAUACGACCAUCACUGCCCCUGGCUGGAAACUUGUGUGGGAGAAAAGAAUCACAAAUACUUCUGGCUCUUCCUCUUCUCCAAGGCUGUCAUCAUAUGGUGGACAUUGUAUAUUGCUUGGAAAGCCAUAGUGCACACGGAGGAAUGGAAUGAAUGGUUCAACCUCAAUGUGCUGUUUGUUCUGGACAUCCUAAUCCUGAUAGUGGGGGGUCUCACAGUGACCGGCUUGCUGACCUUCCACUCUUACUUAAUGCUGACUAACAUGACGACUUGGGAACUGGUCAGUCGAGAAAGAAUCACCUACCUGCGUAACUUGGAUGAGGAGCUGAACCCAUUUCAUCAAGGAUAUUGCCGUAAUGCCAUCACUUUCUUGUGCAACUGUCGCCUGACACAGUGGGCCUCUCUCUAUGCCAAGAAGCUACGAGAAGAGUUGCCCUCUGGUUUGGUGUGAAGGGUCAAGAUUAGGGUCAAGAGUCAAAGGUGACAUAUAUGUACUUUAAGGUCAAGAUCAUUUUACCUUUUAUUGUAAGUGUAUUUCUUAUGAAUGGUGCUAAAUGAAGUAAUUAUAUAAGACAUCUUAAUAACUUGUCUUUGUCCAGUGUUGUCAACAGUGUUGGAGUUGCUAUAGUGGUAAAGACCGUUUCACCACAGAACAAAAUCAUAACCUAUAAAUCUAGUACCCCACACAAAUUUCUAACUUUGUCAGGUGUGUACAGUAUUCCUUUAAGUUUUGGGGGCAUUUGCACAACCCGAAGUCUUACUCUGAAAUAUUUUAGCCCCCAAGAGUUCCUACUUUUUUUGAAACUGUAAAAUAUUGGGUUAUUUAUAUGAGCGUAGUAACAAAUCUAGUCUUUUUGUGUGCAGCAUCAUAUUAAGAGGUCAGCAGUUGUGUAAAGUUUUAACUAUAAGUUUCAAAUGGACCAAUUUGACAUCAGCGUGAUCAGUCUGUGUCAAAUGUACAUGAUAAUCAUGUAGUACAUGUACCAAAGCAGAGAGAAGUUAGAAUGCAUUAGUAUGACAUAUUGUAUUUCUGUAAAGAUAUUUGCAUGGUAAACCCACUUGUAGAUUGAAAAACCUUGUUGUUAAUUUUUGAAGGGAUGACUAUUAAAAGUUGCAUUUAAGUGAUAACAUAUUUUUAGUUAUGGAUCUCAAAUGUCAUACUUUUUUUUUGUGCAAUUUUGUUUUGAUAGUAACAACGAUAGAACUAGAUACAGCUUUACUGAUUGUUUUACGUACAUGUACCUAGAUGUUUAUUUAUCAAGAAUUUAGUUUUUGUUACAUUUUUAUUGGGUAAUUAAUUUGUAUUGGAUAUUCGAAUUUACUGCUGUUCACUUACUAGAAUGAUACUUUUUUUUUGUACAUAGAAUAAUUUCCUAUUUCCCAGGUAAACUGUCUUUCAAUUGUUAUCAACAGUGUUCGAAUAGAAUAGAUUAAAAGAGAGAGAAAGGAGGUCCACUAUUGAUAACAAAGACAGCAUCAAAAUAGAACAAAUAUCACAUUAUCAAUCAACGAACAUUUUCUGUUACAGAAUAUCAUUUUGCAGACUGAACUGACAUAGUGACAUAAUCACUUUAUACAAGACAUGUUUUACAACGUAACUUUCUAUUAAUUAUAUGGCUAGCCAGGUCAAUGAUGGGUAAGACAUCAGUUUUAUUUUUAAAAGAAAUUUCAGUCAAAAGGGCUGACAGAUUUUUAUCUGAAAAUAUUUGGCCAAUUAAAUUUGUUUGACUUUAAUACACCAUAUUUACAACUCUUGAAAUACGUAAAUGUUUAUUAAACUUCAUAUUAUUAGAACUGUCUCAAAAUUGGGAGGAAAAGCAACAAAUUUUACUUACAGUGUUCAGAAUGAAAUUUCAAAAUUUUGAUUUUAACUCCAUUUGUGUUUUUGAAUGAAUUAAAGAGACAAAAGUGUCUUUGGGCAUGAAGAAAGGUGCCUUGAACAUAAUCAAAAAGUUUAAAUGAAGUGUCUUGCACCAAUAAAUUUCUUUCAUUGUCAUUAACUUGUCAUUUAGUAGUUUAAAAGUUUUUGAAAUUGAGUUUCAGAUUAUUCCUAGAGUAAGUGUAGUUAUUUUAUCAUAUUACAAAUUCUCUACUGCUGCAUGUUGGAAAAGAUUGGUGUUUUAUGCUGUGCAUGAAUGUGUCUCCAUUAUUAGAAUAAUUCCCAGUAUUGUAAUAAAAAUACAUUUGAUUAAAAAU